AUGUUUAUGCUCAGGAGGACCGCGCUGGGUGCGUCGAAUACCUCCAGGCCUUUUUGGCGGUCAAAACCGCUCCAAUUUGGCGGAAAACAUGGUUUUGCAGCUCAUCGGCAAAUUCAUGCAUCAAGCAUCCUCAGGACCUAUGAAGAAGAAAAAGCAGUUUUGGAUGAAAUGGCCGUUACUUUGACGGAUGAAGACCGGGCUACCUCGAGGGGCCUGCGAAACAUUGGUAUUUCGGCCCAUAUUGACUCUGGAAAGACGACUUUUACGGAGCGAGUUUUAUUCUACACAGGAAGGAUCAAGGCUAUUCACGAAGUAAGAGGUCGAGACAAUGUGGGAGCUAAAAUGGACUCCAUGGACUUGGAAAGAGAAAAAGGUAUUACUAUUCAAUCAGCUGCCACGUAUUGUUCGUGGGAUAAAGAUGGUCAGCAGUACCGUUUCAAUUUAAUUGAUACCCCGGGCCAUAUCGAUUUCACUAUUGAGGUUGAACGUGCACUAAGAGUUUUGGACGGUGCCGUGCUGGUAGUAUGUGCCGUUUCUGGUGUGCAGUCCCAAACAGUUACUGUUGACCGCCAAAUGAGAAGAUACAAUGUGCCAAGAGUUACUUUCAUCAAUAAGAUGGACCGUAUGGGCGCCAAUCCUUUCAAAGCCAUCGAACAGAUCAACAAGAAACUCAAAACACCUGCCGCUGCUCUUCAAGUCCCCAUUGGAUCAGAAUCUGAUUUGAAGGGUGUUGUGAACAUUAUUGACCGCGUUGCUCUGUACAACGAAGGAGUCAAGGGACAGCAAAUUGUUACCGGUCCGGUUCCUUUGGAAUUGAACGAACUCGUCGAGGAAAGGAGAGCCAUGCUUAUUGAGACUUUGGCUGACGUUGAUGAUGAAAUCGCAGAAAUCUUUUUGGAAGAACAGACGCCUUCUGUCGAACAGAUCAAGGCCGCUAUUCGCCGGGCCACUAUCGCUAGAAAGUUUACACCUGUACUUAUGGGCUCGGCCCUGGCUAAUAGAAGCGUGCAGCCAGUACUAGAUGCUAUUGUUGACUAUCUACCGAACCCAUCUGAGGUUCUCAAUACUGCACUUGACGUGUCCAACAAUGAAAGCAAAGUUAAUCUCGUUCCAUCUGUCAAAGAGCCUUUUGUUGGUCUUGCCUUCAAGUUAGAAGAAGGCAAGUAUGGUCAACUGACUUACAUUCGGGUUUAUCAAGGACGCUUGAAAAAAGGUGGUUAUAUCACCAAUGUAAAGACCGGCAAAAAAGUCAAGGUUUCUCGUCUGGUAAGAAUGCACUCAAACGACAUGGAAGACGUCGAUGAAGUUGGCUCCGGAGAAAUCUGCGCUACCUUCGGUAUCGACUGCGCCUCUGGAGAUACUUUCACCGAUGGUACAUUGAACUUUUCCAUGUCUUCAAUGUAUGUCCCAGAUGCUGUUAUCUCGCUUUCCAUAACACCAACAACUAGAGAUUCCACAAACUUUUCCAAAGCGUUGAAUCGUUUUCAAAAAGAAGAUCCCACCUUCAGAGUGCGCUUUGACGCAGAAUCUAAGGAAACGGUCAUUUCUGGGAUGGGUGAAUUGCAUUUAGAAAUCUAUGUGGAAAGAAUGAAGCGUGAGUAUAAUGUGGACUGCGUUACCGGGAAACCACAAGUAUCCUACAGAGAGUCUAUCACUAUUCCUGCGGAAUUCGAUUACACUCACAAGAAACAAUCAGGUGGGGCCGGUCAGUACGGUAGAGUUAUGGGAUCUUUGAGCCCUCUGGAAGGAUCAAACGGAAACAAAUUCGAAACAGCUAUCGUGGGUGGACGUAUUCCUGACAAAUAUUUGGCUGCUUGCGGCAAAGGAUUCGAAGAAGCCUGCGAGAAAGGUCCUUUGAUCGGUCACCGUGUCUUGUCUGCUCACAUGCUGAUUAACGACGGUGCAAUUCACGCGGUUGAUUCCAAUGAAUUGGCAUUUAAGACCGCAACCAUGGCUGCAUUUAAGCAAGCAUUUUUGGAGGCCAAGCCUGUUAUUUUGGAGCCUGUUAUGACUGUAACCGUAACGGCGCCCAAUGAAUUUCAGGGUAACGUGAUCAGUUUACUCAACAAACUGCAAGCGGUUAUUCAAGACACUGAGAACGGUCAGGACGAGUUCACUAUUGGCGCGGAAUGCUCUCUGAACACCCUUUUCGGGUUCGCGACGUCGCUGAGGUCCUCCACCCAGGGUAAGGGUGAGUUCUCUCUCGAAUUCAAACAUUACUCUCCAACUUCUCCUCAUUUGCAGAAACAACUAAUUGCUGAGUUUGAGAAGAAACAGCAACAAAAGAAGUAA